AUGGGGCAGGAGCAAGACGCCUACGAUUUUUCAGCAUAUCAGCCAGAAGCAGGGUCCGGUCAGGUUGUGCCUGGAAUCAAUCCCUCUCCAUAUCUAGAAAGCGUCUUGCAACCGGACCACGCGGCGGGAUUACUUCAGCAACCAUUUCAGUACGGCCAAGAUAAUUCAUAUCCUCCUGCCAUUGAAGACAAUGCGACAAUGACUGCUCCAGACUGGACAACAAACAUGAUGACAACCAUCAAUUGGCUUCAGGCGGACACUAUCAAUUUCAAUGACGACGAUCUUAGCAACCUCUUUCCUCUCUUCCCAGGCGACUUCUCAUUUUCCCCUAGCAUUGGACUCGUGAGUCCUGCAUAUCAAGGUGAUAUUGAGACUCCUAGCAAUACUUCACUUACGAACAUGCUUGGUCAGCAUCCUCAGCAAUUAUCUCAGGAUGUUAAUGGGGAUCAGCAAGCCAUCUCUUUUCUUGACUCAUCUACUUCUGCUGGAAAAUCAACCGUAGCCAGUGGUGAGUACUAUGUCGAUGGUAACGCUGGUAGGCUUCCUAGAUCCAAGCGUCGAAAAGUCGUUUCGAAACCUAGACGAAUCGAUCAUAUUGAAGAGCCCGAUUUCUCGUUGGAGUAUCGGCUACCAAUUGUACCAUGUACAGACUCUAGAAUGAUCAUCUCAAAUGAAGCAUAUGGAGAGAUGUGCACUCUGCACCAUCGAUUGUGCCUCGAUACAACUGCGUUCAAAGCAUUCUCAUCUCCUGAUUUCCCACCUAAACCCACAUUGGAAGGGCUGCUUUCUCAUUACUUUACAAACUUCGAUCAGACAAUGCCAUUUACACAUUUCUCAACAUUCCGAGCUGAGACAAGCAAUGAGGUUCUACUCCUGGCUAUGAUGGCUCUCGGCAGCUGUUUCCUUGAUGAAGAAGAGGCAGAGGUAUUUACGUUGUCAAUGCACGAGUUGCUCCGAAGAUACCUGCUUCUCCGGACAGAACAAAAAUUUAAUCGCUCAGAAACCCCACAGAUCCUUGCACAGAUUCACUUGUUGCACGCAAUUGGUGCUGGAUACACUCUAUCUGGUCCGUUACGUGCCUCUGCGUCACAAGCACUUUAUGCCGCAACCAAGUACUGUCAUGGCAGCUGGACGCGGCAACGAUUCGAAGAUUCUCCCAAUACUCCCGAUAACAUCGCUGCAACCAAGUGGACAGUAUGGAUCAAGAAUGAAGAGUUAACACGGAUUGGAUUUUGCAUUUGGCUGUUGGAUUGUAUGUGGGCUUUUCAGUUUCACCAACCUCCACAUCUGACUCUUGACGAUGUCACCCCACGGUGUUUACCUUGCUCGGAGCGCCUAUGGUCUGCCAGAGACGUGCAUGAAUGGACUCGCCUCGUCGCUGGUGGAAGCACCCAGACCGCUACGAUGCGUGAAGCGCUACAAAACCUCUAUGUCGACAAGCGUCUCCUCCCAAACCUUGGGGAAUUCAGCCGAAUACUUCUGAUCCAUGGCCUUUUCCAUCGAACAUGGGAGGUAAGAAAAACAAUCACCCAGAGUCUUUCAAGUCUUGAGCCGUCUACAGAAAAACAAGCGAGCAGUGAAAUGCAGCCCAAAACUCCCGUCUGGCCACCUUCAGUGCCCUUGUUUAACAGGUGGAGGAACUCUGCUUGUGACUGUCUGGACAUCUUACAUUGGAGUGCCAACUCAACAAUUGGGCUGGCAACGGGUAUGGAGCAUCCCACUGUACUUCAUCUGCACUUCGCACGUAUUGUCCUCCUCGCUCCUAUGGACGACAUAAUGCUAUACGCUCAUUAUCUCAUUCGCUCGAGCAAAGAUUCAGUCCGUCUUUUGCAUCCCGUUUCGUUUGCUGCAGCCGAGGAACAUCGGCGAUUGAUACAAAGAUGGGCAUUACAAGAUCAGUAUAAGGCUCGUUUAGCAGCGAUACAUGCUGGGACUGUGUUCUGGCAUGUGCGGUUAUAUGCCAUCAAUGGUUUUUACGAGCCUCCAGCCGUCGCAUUUGCUGCCCUGGUAUUGUGGGCUCUCAGUGCGUUCUCGGACAAAAGAGUCCGGGCGAGAGGAAGAUUGGGCCUUGGUGAGGGUGUCUCUUCGUCCGAGGCUUCUCCUCCGCCCGAUCUAUGUGACAUAAUUCUGAUCGACCGUCCCACCGAUGACGAGCUUGUCCAGCAAUUUGUGAGACAGGGUGAUAAUAUGCACGCAAACAUGACAGGUGUUGGAGACCUGUUUGGGCCUAAAGGAUCACGGAAGGUGCUCGCAGAGGGGCAGAAGCUGCUCGUUACCCUUAGAAGUUGGCGAGGGAUUACUGAACAUUGGUUGGGAGUUCUCAAUCGACUCGAAAAGGUGACAGCGAUGUUAGGCGUUAAUACCGACGCAGCAGAGAUACCCCAAACGGCUUAA